AUGUCACAACAGGAAAACGCCUCGUCUGAACUGGUGCCUGGGGCGAACAACAAGAUGGCCCCAAUUCCCCAGGGCGCCAGGAUUCAGAAGCGUCCCCUCACUCGACGCCAGCUCCCAGCGUCGUCUAAGACGCCCGUCAUUUACGUGUCCUCAAAUUCUCCCUUCAUGUCUGUCGUGAAGCGGGCCAGGAAGUUCCUGGACAAGGACCUGCGUACUGUGGUGACAGUGAUGGGCACAGGUAAAGCUAUUGAAAAGACUCUAAACGUCGCCAGCUGGUUUCAGCAGCAAGGGGACUGUGUUGUCGAGAUUAAAACACGAACCAUCGGAACAGUAGACGAUGUGGUUACGGGGGAUGCAGACGACGCGUUUGGGGCCGACAACGAAAGCCGGUUGAGGAAGCUUAAUUGCUUGGAAGUUGCCAUCAGCUUGAAGUGA